UUCUUUUAUACAUUUGGACAUCUCUAUAAUCCAAAAUGGCCGGUAAAGCAGUUUUGGUCAUCUGCGCUCAAGUUCUCUUGGUCCAGAGCAUAUCAUGCUUAUAUGCUCCAUUCGGACAGGCAAACUGUCUUGCUGCAAAUAGCGGUCCGAUUGCUGGAUUUGCAUCACCGUCCGGGCUCCUAAAUUCCGCCUACGGACCAGGCAUGCUAAACUCUCCAUACGCCCCAUUUAACGCCGUAGCAUCCACUUCAGCUUCCCACGGUGGACCUUUACCGGUAGCAAGUUCAUCUCCUCUUCCACCAAACGGUGUCUCAGUGCUGUCCGAAAACAGAAUUGAAGGCCCAUUGGCAGUCUCUGGUGAGCUACCAUUCUUGGGAACCGUAGCCCUACAAGGACCCCUGCCCACUGUGGGAUCUGGAGCCGUCAACUUUGGGGCCGGAAAUGGAAACGUAGCUAUUACCAGAGAGGAUUCCGCAGGUGGUUACGGACGUUACGCAUGCUAAAUGUAAUUAUCAAAUUUCGAAUUUGGAAAACCAAAAAAUGCUAACCAUCACAUGAACUAAAUUAAAUUAUUUGCGCAAGUG